CCCGCCGGCGCGUUACGUGGCUGAGGAUUCUGUCGAGGAGGAUCGUUCGCGUCGCGUGAAAGGGAGGAAAGGAAAGGGGAGAAAAAAAACGAGAGGAGAACGCGUCGUUCGGCGGAUCAUUAUCGAUCGUCGAAAUCGAAUCGCCGUCUAUCUUCUCACCUUCGAGUCGGCGUCGCAUUUCACCCAGUGCGCGUUUUUUCUUUAUCCCUCUCUCCGUCUCUUUUACAUCCUUCGCCGAGGAAACGCGAAACGAUCGCGUCGGAGAUCAUCGACGGCACGAAGUGUUCGUUGAUUGAUUGAUCGCGAUCGGUCAGUCAAUCGAUCGAUCGAUCGACCGUCGUCGAGUCGCUCGAGCGGAGCGCUCUCUCGCACGCGCGCGAGAGGGAGAGAGAGAAAAGAAGAAGAAGAAGCGGUCGCUGCGGCGAGCUCGCGCGGGCCCCAUAGACGCGGCGGACGAGGCCCGAAUCGGACGUGUGCAACCACGACGGUGAUAUUUCGGCGAGCGACGACGACGACCACCGCGUAGCGACACGCUCCUGAAGAAGUCGGCACAUCGCGCCACCAGAAAAGAUUAAAGGAAAAUGGCCGUGUUUGGCUUGGUCUCGGCGGUUGCCGGAUUCGUCAAGGUGCGGUAUCUGAUCGACAAAGCGAUCAUCGACAAUAUGGUCUUCAGGGCGCACUACAGAGUCACGUCGGCCAUUCUUUUCGCAUGUUGCAUCAUCGUCACCGCCAAUAACUUGAUAGGCGACCCCAUCAACUGCGUGUCCGACGGGGGGGUGCAGCCCCAUGUGCUCAAUACGUAUUGCUGGAUCACAUAUACGUUCACGCUGCCGCGGAACAGCGCGAAACCCGUGGGCACCCACGUGGCCCAUCCGGGCCUCGGCGGCGAUUACGGGGAGAAGAGGUUCCAUUCGUACUACCAGUGGGUGCCGUUCAUGCUGUUCUUCCAAGGCGUGCUCUUUUACGUUCCGCACUGGAUGUGGAAACAAUGGGAAGAGGGCAAGGUUAGGAUGAUAUCCGAGGGUAUGAGGGGCGCCAUGGUUGAGACCAAGCAAGAGAGGCAAGCCAAGACCGACCGGCUGGUCCAGUACAUCAUCGAGACCCUGCACCUGCACAACAGCUACGCCGCCGGCUAUUUCUUCUGCGAGGCCCUCAACUUCGUCAACGUUGUCGGCAACAUAUUCUUCGUGGACACCUUCUUGGGCGGCGCCUUCCUUACGUACGGCACGGAUGUAGUGAAGUUUAGCAACCUGAACCAGGAGCAGCGCAGCGAUCCGAUGGUGGAGGUGUUCCCGCGCGUGACCAAGUGCACCUUCCACAAGUUCGGCGCUUCCGGUUCGAUCCAGAAGUUCGACGCGCUUUGCGUGCUCGCGCUCAACAUCCUCAACGAGAAGAUCUACAUCUUCCUGUGGUUUUGGUUCAUCAUCCUGGCGGCCAUAACCGGCCUGGCUCUGCUCUACAGCAUGGCGGUCGUACUGUUGCCCAGCACGCGCGAGACCAUCCUCAGGAAGCGCUUCAAGUUCGGCACCCCCACCAUAGUGAGCGGACUCAUCCGAAAGACUCAGGUUGGCGACUUCCUGCUACUUCACUUGCUGGGCCAGAACAUGAACAUCAUGGCGUUCAACGAGAUGCUGGAGGAGCUGUGCCGCCGUCUGCAGUUCGGCAGCAGCAGCGGCGCGUCGCCCACGUCGGUGCCGUCGGCGCCCAGCACUCUCGAGAUGUCACCGAUGUACCCGGAGAUCGAAAAGUACGCCAAGGAUACCGAGAUCUAAACCAGCGCCAGGAGGCUCACUCGACUUCCCCCUGCCCCCCACUCUACUUUUCUACUUGUUCGUAUUGUGAUAAUACCGAGACGGCAGUCCCGCCGUCUCGGUACCAAUAAAGAGAGCCGUUCGUGCCGCGUACACGUCGGGUAUCUUACCGCGCGGUCGUAAAACAUAUAACAAACAUACACCAUCGGCAAGCCAACGACAACGUCUCUCUCCCUUCCAUCUAACUUCCACCACUCCGCUGUCCAUUGGAACUCUCGUCGAUCGUAAAACUUAAGCUCAAGCCAGCACUAAGAAGUCUCGGGACGACCUCGCCUUUUGCGAGAGAGUCCGAUACUCAUUACCGCGCGCUCGCUCGUAAAACGCACAAGCCGAUCUUUCACGUCGGCGAACGUCCAAUCGACGCGAGAGAGAGAUGACCGUUCGUAAAACACGCACACGUGCGCGCUCACUCGACAAGAGAGAUCUCCGGAGUCUCACCGUGCAAUGCGCUGAUCUUCUUCCCGUUCGACCGUGUUUCCACUCGACGGAAUUGUCACGCGGAUUUACUUCCGACCUUUUUCCAACGGCGUCGCCGCCGCAUUAUUUCAUUCCGGGGAUAUCGCGAGUCACGUCGAACGUUCGUUAUUACGAAUAUACACAUUUCAACUCGAUUCGUCGAGUUAUCAGCGUUACACGUGCGUUCCGCAAGAUUCGAGUAGCCGGACGGACGGGGCAAGAACCGGGCGCCGCGCGAGCCAAUGCCAACCUUCGUCACCUUCUUGCGCGCUAUAAAGCGCCGUCUCCCGGCGCUCGUUACGAGAUUUUCAUCCGUCUCGCAAAACCUUCCCUGGAACGCGCGCGAGCCGAUGCCGUUUCUUUCUCGCCAAUUCCCGCGUUCCAACGAGAUUUCUUCCGUUGCAUUAUUCAUUUUUUUCCCUUCCUUUUCGUCUCUCCGAAAUAUUUUCCCAUUCGACCAACGCGGAUUGUUGCGGAACUAGCGUUAGAAUAACGGACAAUAAAUUAUGACACGUCCGUCUGUUUUCGCCGAAUUUUCAAUUAGAAACGACGACGCGCUGGCACUUUACACCGGCCGCGGCACGAACUGGCGUUAGAUUAUCGAAUAUAUAAUGUAGACAAUAACGACGCGUUCCUCUCGGGUCGAUAGAGGACGCGUGUGCACGUGUGAUCCGUCUGCGAUCGCGUCCGGUCGUCCCGACACGGUAAUGUGAGAAAGAGAUCGUUCCGUUGAGUCCCACGAGCGGCUGUUCAAGGUUCGAUUAGCGUAGCGUUAAUCACUCGGGUAGCGACGACGAGUCGACGAUGCCGACCAUUGGCGAUCGCUUGACGAGACCGCCGACCGCGGCACACAUGAUGAAACACGCGUGCGUGUUACAAUGUGUAUAAAAAAACGGUGUUCCCUCCCCUUUCGUGAAACCUUCCGUUUACACUACAUAUAUUCUCUUCUAUAGCGCGGAAGAUAUCCCCUUUUACGUAACUGUAGACUUCAAUAAGGAGAAGAGGAAGAAGUGGAAAAAGAAGACGCAAGUGUUAGAAAUAUAGCCGACGCGCGUUAAUGUAGCGCGUGUGUUAGAGGCGAGACACCGUCGUUCGAUCAUCCGCAAUGAAAAUGGCGCCGAAGCGAAGCGCGUUACCCCCUUCACGUAGCCAUGUAUUUAAAUUUCUGUCAUCUGAAGGUCGUUCUACCAUUAGUUGCUAGUCGAUCGCAACGUUUGUUGCGACGGCCAAUUGGGAGCGUCGGCAGAGCGACAAAAGAGUUGUGCGAUCGGCUUGCAACUGAUGUGAAACGACCUCAAUGGGCAAAGUAAAGCGGAGUCUACAAUGAAAAUUCGAGGCGUAUAAUUGAAGAAAUUGACCAAUCAUAAUUGAUUUUUCUUCUAUAAUUCGACUGUGAUUGGUUAAUUCCCCAAGGCUUAAAAUACCUAUUGUAGGCCGAUAACUAACGCGCCGGUGGCACUUAACAGGCGGAAGGAGCGAACGUGCUUGUUCCAUUUCCUUAUUCCCACCUUUUCUUAUUUUUUUUGAGAGACCUCUCCACACGACUGGCGUCGUAGUAGAGAGAGAGAGAGAGAAAGCAAGAGCGAGCAUCAUAAUAGAAAUUAGACUGACAAAAGGGGACCGCGCGAGCAGCCGCAUUAUUGCUCGUAGGAACACGUACUCGCGACGUUCCCGCGUUUAAGCUUCUUCCCUUCUUCUCUUUUCACCGCGGAUCCCGCCACAGAGAAUUCCCGGUUUUUCCCCGUUUCCCCCGGAAACUGACUCGAAGCGACCGCUCACGAUGUGUUGAAAAAAAAGAAAAAAAAACACUUGCAUAUAAUCGUACACAUUCCUAAUGAUAGAAUUAAGUAUUUCGUUAAAUGUAGUCGAGAUUAUUUGAAUUCGUUCGCGAGAGAGUAUAGAGAGAGAGAGAAGGGGGACGAGAUCGCCCGGCCGAGAAUAUUCCUAACGGGGCGCGCGCGUAAACUUUAUUCUUCACGCGAUUAAUUGUCACGUCGCGGUAAUCCGCCUUUCCUAUUAAGGGAAACAACGGGAAGUUCGGCCCUACGCUCUCAGACUCAUGUUUCUUCCGUGCGUACUCUCGCGUGCGGAGGAGACUCGAUGUAAGCGCCCUGCCGAUAUAGCAACUAUGUAACGACAAUAACAUAAACGCUACGAUCCUUUUCCUUUAUACGAUAAGCCACUUGUUUAGAUAACGCAUUACCGAUAGUCGCGCUCCGAGUGAUAUCUUAAAAUAAGAUGUUAGGACGAGCGAGCGAGCGAAUGAACGAGAGAGUGAGUGAGAGAAAAAGCGAGAGAAUGAGAGAAAGAUCGAUAAUAUAGUUGUAAUUGUUCCGCAAUGUGCCUUUCUAUAUUGUAAGGGACAAGAGAGAGAAGGAUGAUACGAUUUUCACGCAUAAGAAUAUUCUCAUCGAUGUAGGAGGUACAAAACGCCUCUCACGAGUCCGAGCACUCGGAGAGGAAGACUGCCGAUACGUGCAACGUCGUUAUAUAUAGCGAUUACUGUGCUGAGCGAAAAAAAUAAAAGAAAUCCUUUCCAAUCGCGGAA